CUGCGUUCACGGGACAUGGAUAAAUACGCCCCGAAAUUUAGCAAAGUUCUGCUGACACCGGAUCCACAUUACAUCCCGGGGUAUGCUGGAUAUUGCCCACAGCUGAAGUUUAAUAUGGGGAAGGGCUAUGGAAAGCUCACUGCCGAGCUGCUGACCAGCCCUGAGGUGAUGCACUCCAAACAGCUGGUCCUCCACACAGGCUUCCCUGCCACAGAUUCAGACACGUCUGUGAAAAGCAUCCCUGACAGUAACCUGAGGAUGAUACCGGGAUACACAGGUUUCAUUCCAAAAUGUAAGAACUACUUUUCCUGCAGCUAUUCUGACACAUGUCUUAAAGCUCUGGCCGAGUUUGAUCAUGAAAAGCAAACGAGGCUCCAGCAUCAAUCAACAGACCUUCCAGUUAUUGCCAGCUACUGGACUCAGAGAACUGAGAGACAAAAAUUACCUCUAAGAUCAACCAGUGACACAGUGAUCACCUACAAAUCCACGACACCCUUCAACCCCGCCGGAAAGCCAUUGAACAUGGAUGAUGAUAACCCACAGAAGUACUAUAUGUCAGGAUAUACUGGACAUGUGCCAAAAUCUCACUUCCUAAUUGGUAAAGGUUACCCCAUCACCACCAAUCAGGCACUGAUCCAGUUUGGGAAGCAGCAGCACCUUGUGUCUAAAGAUGAGCCAGGCAGUGACAGCAGUAUGACUCCUCCCAUGCCUGCUAUCUGUCAGCCUAAGAGAGGUGUAGUGCCAUCAUUCACAGGACACAUCCCAGGAUACCGGUUCAUGUGUGGACAUUCCUUUGGUCAACUUUGCCAGAAUGCACUGGAAAAGAGCAGCAAGUCAUUAACAUGCCACACAGCCCAAUAAAAUAGUCAUUAUCAAUGUGAUGAAGUUGUAAAAUUAGUCAAAUUUUUUUCACAACACG